AACUGACGGCGGCGGCGGCGAUGACGACCAAGUCAUGACGGGUCUGAUGAGCGCAGCCACGCUUGGGGGUGGCGUGGUCAUGCCUGAAGGCAUAAUCGAAGUUCCAGAUGAGGACGACCUAGAAGACAGCGUGAUGACAGCCACGAACACGCCCACGCCCGCGGACUCGAUCCAGCCGAACUGAGAUAUGAAUUUUACUGGCGAGCGCAUUUUUACAGUUAUUCUGACAGACGCAUGGGGAACAUGCAUACAAGAGCAAGCACACGUAAACGUAGUGUUGAAGCGAGGCAUUUUAGAUUUAGUGACGGAGGCUACAACGAUACGAAGGUAGUAGUAGCGCACUGGCGUUUAUGGGAAGACCAUUCGAGAUACCCGAUUACGACGACAAUAUCCAUUAUUAGCAUAGCCAGCUAUCAACGAACACAAUAUAACAGCAGCGGCUAUCAACAGCCAAUGCGAAGGUUACGCGGAGGUGGGAAGAGCGACCUGAGAGAGACGGAGGCGGUGCUAUAUAUCAACAGAUUACAAGCACCAGGGAGGCAGGAAGAGGGCUUCAAUUUUAUUGUACUUGCUGCAUUGUUUUCAUGUAUGAGCUUUGGGCGUUGGGAUGGAUAGUUGAACAGACCUACUACACACGAUACACGGGCCAUGGGCCACGCUCCACGGCGUUUUUUUUUUAACGGGGCGGAGAGGAGGGAUGGGAAUGGUGCAUGCGGUGCUUGAGGGUGCUUGCUCGCGGGGGUUAUGAUUAGAUGCGUAUGAGGCUGAAUAUCGAAGCU